AUGGAUAGGAGUUCCAACGAAAUAACUGGACAAAAUGACGAAAUAACAGAUCUCAAUAUCGAGUUAUUAGACAGAUCUUUGACAGAUCAAAUAAACUUAAAGUCCCGUGAAGAUAAUGAUGAAACAUCUCCAGAAGUGAUCGAAGAGAAUGAAGAAGAACUAGAGGAGGAACAAGAAAAUUCCGAUAUACCUGUUGAAGAUGUAAAUAAUGAAGAUGAGAUUCUUGUUAAACAAAGAAGCGAAAUUAUAAGGUUAUUAAAACUGAAUAGAAAAGAGGAAUGCGAAGGUGAUAGAGUAUAUAUCAUUCCUAAGGGAUGGUAUGAGCUAUUUUUUAACACAGGGCUUAUGGAUUCAAAGCAAUUGGGUCCCAUAACCAUUAGUUCUAUAGUGAUAGAUUAUAACAAUUUCAUACUAAGAGAUUAUGAUACUCAUCCUUACACUAGCUUACCAGAAACUGUAUUUAUAAGACUUGUUGAAUGGUACGGUAUGUCCGAAGAUUCAAAGCCUCUCUAUACCUACCUAAUAAGGGACCCUAAGACUGACAAAUUAAUCACAGAAUACAAUAAAUUAUUUUUCAGAAUUCAAUAUUUAAAGGCACCAGAAAAUCGUUCAAGAAGUGAGACCAAUUCAAUGUAUAGAGAUAUCAAUAAUUCGAAUUUUUUUACUGUUUCAGCUAUAGAUACUCUGAAAGAUGCAAUGACAAAAGUCGUAGAAUAUUUUUUCGAUAUCGAAAGUGAUUUGGAUAUAGAAAAGCUUAAGGUAAAAGUAUGGCACGUCAAUAAUACGCAAAAUGAAAAUCAACCAGGUGAGAACAAUAUGUGCUCUACUUAUUUGAUUGAUGAAAUUCAAUUCCUUUCGUAUGACUCAAGAAAACAUAUCACAAAGGAUCUUCUGAAUCAGAAACUAAGAGACCUUAAUAUGUUUUCAGGAAAUUUUGCAAUUGAGGUAAUACAAUCCCAUAAAAACUACCACUGGGUCUCGAAUUACUUAAAUUAUAAUAAAAUACAGCCUGGGCGUGGAAUUAUGGGCUUACAAAAUCUGGGGAAUACGUGCUAUAUGAAUUCUGCCUUACAAUGCCUUGUUCAUAUCCCACAACUACGAGAUUAUUUCUUAUACAAUGGAUUUCAACAAGAAAUCAAUACUACAAACCCACUAGGGUACCAAGGUUACAUGGCUAAUGCAUUUUCAAGUCUGAUACAUAAUCUUUUUGCUGAACGUCUGGGUUCAAAUACUAGUGCAACAUCUAUGGCACCUACCCAUUUCAAAUCUACAAUAGGUAACAUUAAUAACUUGUUUUCAGGUUAUUUACAACAGGACUCGCAAGAGUUUUUGGCCUUUCUACUAGAUAGUUUACAUGAGGACUUGAAUAGAAUUAUCGAUAAACCAUACAUAGAGAAACCAUCCCUGACAGAAUCUGAUGAUGUUGAUGAUUUUGAGAUAGUACGGAAACUAGCCAAUGAUACAUGGAAAAAACAUUUGCAGAGAAAUGAUUCUGUAAUAACUGAUUUAUUCGUUGGAAUGUAUAAAUCAACACUAGAAUGUCCUGAAUGUAAUAAUGUAUCAGUGACUUUUGACCCUUACAAUGAUUUAACUUUACCUUUACCUGUUGAUUCUGUCUGGAAAUCUAAAGUGAAAAUAUUCCCACAAAAUUCUCCACCUUGUACAUUGGAAGUUGAACUGGAUAAAAAUGCAACAUACCAAGAGUUAAAAGAAUAUGUUGCAAAAAAAGCUCAAAUCAAUAUUAAUAAUAUUUAUGGUUGUGAUAUAUUUAGUCAUCAAUUUUAUAACAAUUUUGAAUCUAAUAAUUCCCAAUCUAAUUUCUUGGGUGUGAAAGAGCUUAUUUCAGAAACUGAUUUAAUAAUAUUUUAUGAGAUACAAAGUGAAAUAGAUGAUGUGAUUAUUCCUGUAUUGAAUACUUGCAUUGAGGAUGGUUUUACAAGUUCUAGAUUAUUUGGCGUUCCAUUUUUCAUUUCUUUAACGCCCUCUGAAAUAUCGAAUCCUUUGAUAAUUAAACAAAAAUUAGAGAAUCAAUAUAAAUAUUUGAGUGGUGGAUAUAUCCAUUUCCCAUCGCAAAACAAAGAUAAUAAUAACAACGAAUCUGUAACAACUAUUGAAAAUUUUCCAUUUAUUAAAGAGAAACACCCAGAUGUAGAUUUUGAAAAAUAUUCAGAUUAUUUCAAAUAUGCUACCCCCACCACUGUUGUACAAAAUGAAGAAAGUAAUGUGGAUGGCUAUAAGGAGUUCUUUGAUAUCAAAGUUAUAAAUCAUCUUGAUGACCGAAUGCUUUCAAAAUCUUCGAAUGAUUCCGAGGAGAUAGCGCCUAUCUUCUGGACUCCUCCAGGACAUAUAAACUAUCAUGGUGCUAAGGAUCUAUGCGAUUUUAUGGAACCUUUUAUUGCUGCCAUUUAUAAUCAUGGGAUAUUAAAAGAAGAAGAGGGUAUAAAACAAAGUCAAGAUGAUGUCGAUAUGGUUGCUGAUGAGACGGAUGAAGACGUUGUGAAAGAAGAACAAAUACUUGACGGAGAAGAGGAAAAGGAGACUGAAGAUCAUGACGAUAUAGAGGUAGAACUUGAUGAGGAGAAUAUUGUUCAAAUGGAGGCAGCAAAUUUUGAUGCCUUGUUUACCAAAAACAAUACUGUGAUUGUCUGUGAAUGGAACACUAGUUCUGUUGAUGAAGCAUUUACAUCUGAUAAGAUUAUCAAUUGGGAAAGACCUGGAAUCUUAGAGAAUAAAGAAUUAGAUGAGAUGAGAGAAGCACGAACCAAUACCAGUAACAAAGGAUUAGAUAUCACACUUGGUGAUUGUUUAAAAUUAUUUUCCAAGAAAGAAGUGUUAGGAGUGAACGAUUCUUGGUAUUGUCCUAGAUGUAAAGAACAUAGGCAAGCCUCGAAACGUAUUCAGUUAUGGAAUACACCCGAUAUAUUAACGAUUCAUUUGAAAAGAUUUGAAAGUUCAAGAUCCUUUGCAGACAAGAUUACUGAAGUAGUGAAAUUUCCCAUCACCGAUCUUGACAUGAAACAUCAUGUUGUAGACCAAGCAGAUCCUCGGGGUUACACUUACGAUCUAAUUGCUGUUGAUAAUCAUUUUGGUGGUAUUGGAGGUGGUCAUUAUACUGCGUACGUUAAGAAUUGUGUGGAUGGUCAAUGGUAUUAUUUCAAUGAUGGUAAUGUCACUGAGGCUGUUCCGGAGGAUAGUAUUACAGGUGCAGCAUAUUUAUUAUUCUAUUUACGUCGUCCCGUCACUGAUGAUUAUAGCCAAUUGAAUGCUGGGUAUGGAAGUGAACGAUUACGUGAGAUUUUAGCGGAAUCGAGAGCUAGUCAUGAUACAAAACUGCAACAAUUGAAUAACGUUCAAACAAAGUUGUUUGAGAGUAACAAAACCGAUACGGAGGAUGGUGAAGUGGAGGAUGGAGAUAAUGAGCAUGAAGAAGAAGAAGAAGAAGAAGAAGAAGAAGAAGAAGAAGAAGAAGAAGAAGAAGAAGAAGAAGAAGAAGAAGAUAUUCAAUAUAGUGAAAAUGCAUCAUCAUCAUCAGAGGAAAAUGAAAAUAUCGCAGAGUCACCACAGGGUUCUGUGAAUGAAUCCCAAAGAAAUGAUUCUAUAAAUUAUUCACAUCGUACUGUAUCAAAGGAACCUUUAUCAGAUAUUAAGAAACCUAAUGAAGACACAAAUAACGAUAACUACGACGACGACGAGGAUGGAUGUGUUAGUGAUAGUACAAAUUCAGAUAGAAAAAGAAUACGAUUAAUACAGGAUCAUAUUACUAGUACAAGUACAUAG